GGAAUCAGUGAAGGUUGUUCCCGGCAGUUCGGCGUGCAAAAAGGAAUUUAACAAUCUAGGGAGAGAGAGAGAGCGAGGCUUGAAGAAAAGAAAGAAAUCGUGAAAAAGACGCCCGGGUAAUCUAAGAAAUAGUUAGUAGAUUGACCUGAAUUAUUAAAAUAUAUCAAGUGAAAAAAAAUUAUCAGUUGACCCUGUUCAACCUCUUAACCUUGAAAACUAAAUGUUCAAAAAUUAAGGUAGUUCUUUGUUGUGAGUUAAUAUUGUGCCCUUGUACCUCAAACCUCCAUUGUCGUAUUCCGACGAGUCUAAGAUAUUCAAGAGUAACCGGUACGAUAUUAUCUAUUUCAAUCGUCAAAAGGACCAUCAUAUUGUUUUGAUACUGUUGUCGAUAACAUUUUCAUUGACGCUUAAGUAAUCAUAUAAAAUUGUCAACACGGUGUGAAAACUCGAAACAAAAAAACAAUGUCUUCUGGAGCUGGAUCUAGUGGUACUGGUAGAGGAAGAGGAUCAUCAUUGGCAGACAAUAAACCAGAGAAUAAAGAAGCCAAGCCAAAUCCUAAAAUGUCAAAAGCAUUAGGUACAUCAGCCAAAAGAAUACAAAAAGAGUUAGCAGAAAUUACUUUGGAUCCUCCACCUAAUUGUAGUGCAGGUCCUAAGGGAGAUAACUUAUAUGAAUGGGUAUCUACUAUCUUAGGCCCGCCAGGAUCAGUGUAUGAGGGAGGCGUCUUCUUUCUGGACAUACAUUUUUCCCCGGAGUAUCCUUUUAAACCUCCAAAAGUAACAUUUAGAACACGUAUCUACCACUGCAACAUUAAUAGUCAAGGUGUAAUAUGUCUUGAUAUACUUAAAGACAACUGGUCUCCUGCAUUAACUAUUUCCAAAGUUCUUCUGUCCAUCUGCUCACUACUUACAGACUGUAAUCCAGCGGAUCCUUUGGUUGGUAGUAUAGCAUCGCAGUAUCUACAGAAUCGAGAAGAACAUGAUCGCAUAGCACGACUUUGGACUAAACGGUAUGCUACAUGAGCUUUUUGCUCAAAAUCAUACCUAACUCCUAUCAGCCUCAUGCCAAUUAACCAUCCAUUGCGCUGCUCUCACGAAACUUUAUUUUAAUGCCUCUUGUGCGUGUACGCGCAAAAUACGUUCCUAAAUAUUAAGUCCAUUGUGGACUUUAGUUUUAAUCCUCAUGAUUCAAGUUUAAGAUUUAUCCAAAAAAUACGUAAAAUUAAAAAUUUAAUAAUAAAAAAAUUUUAGUUAUAAAUGUUUCAGCUACAAACUAAUAACGAUUAAAAUCCGGCUCGACUAAGAUUGUGAUUAUUUGUAUGUAAGAUAAUAGAACUAAUGUGUAGAAGAUGAGUGAAUGCUGAUUCGUAUUUUUUUUAUUUUGUAUCGUAGUUUGUUAAGGCAUGAGCUGGGAGUUAAUCAUUAAUGAUAUAUUAUUUUAUUUUUUAUUGAAAAUAUAAAUUUAAAAAAUA